AUCUCAGGAACACUGGUUCCUUUCCAGAGGUUGAUCAGGCUGGUCUCUUGCAGCUGAGGGACCAUAUUCCAUAAGGAGAUCUGAUCUUUUUUUCCUUUUAUUGACUCAGCUGAAAUUUUAGUUGUAGUUUUUUAAAUUUUCCGGGGUCCUGCGGUUCUGUGAGGCUUCUUCGUCCGUUGCAGAGGAUCAUGGCGGACCCCGGGGAGUGCAGCAUCAAGGUGAUGUGCCGCUUUAGGCCGCUGAACAGCUCUGAGGUGGCCCGCGGAGACAAAUACAUCCCCAAAUUUAUAGGGGACGACUGUGUGCAGAUUGCGGGGAAACCAUACUACUUUGACCGAGUGUUCCAGUCCAACACGACGCAGCUGCAGUUCUACAAUGCCGUGGCUCUGAAGAUCGUCAAAGAUGUUCUGGAGGGAUACAAUGGAACCAUAUUCGCUUACGGACAGACGUCUUCGGGCAAAACGCACACAAUGGAGGGGAAACUUCAUGACCCAGAUAUGAUGGGAAUCAUUCCCAGGAUCGUUCAGGACAUCUUCAACUACAUUUACUCCAUGGACGAGAACUCGGAGUUCCACAUCAAAGUUUCGUAUUUCGAAAUCUAUUUGGACAAAAUCAGAGACUUGUUGGACGUAACAAAGACGAACCUGUCUGUGCAUGAAGACAAGAACAGGGUACCCUUUGUCAAGGGAUGUACCGAGAGAUUUGUGUGCAGCCCUGAGGAAGUAAUGGAUGCCAUAGACGAAGGCAAAAACAACAGACACGUGGCGGUCACAAACAUGAAUGAGCACAGCUCCCGGAGUCACAGCAUCUUCCUCAUCAACAUCAAGCAGGAAAACACUCAGACGGAGCAGAAACUGACUGGAAAGCUGUACCUGGUUGAUCUGGCCGGGAGUGAAAAGGUUGGAAAAACCGGAGCAGAGGGCACAGUUCUAGACGAAGCAAAGAUGAUCAACAAGUCUCUGUCAUCGUUGGGAAACGUCAUCUCUGCCCUGGCCGAGGGCUCGAGCUAUGUGCCGUACAGAGACAGCAAGAUGACCCGGAUCCUGCAGGACUCCCUGGGAGGAAACUGUCGGACGACCAUGAUCAUCUGCUGCUCACCUUCUUCUUUUAACGACGCGGAGACCAGGACGACUCUGCUCUUUGGACAGAGGUACAAAUACGAGCACUGGGAGAGCGUCCCAGUGGAGGAGCAGUUUGAUAAGGAGAAGGCGAAGGCUGAGGUGGGGGCCCUGGAUGCUGCACUCAACAACGAUAAGGCUGCACCCCAACCCUCCCUGAGCAGCCAGCCUGGACCGGCUCUCACAGGGGCAGAGAAAGAGAAGUAUGAAGCAGAGGUGGCCAAACUCUACAAGGAGCUGGACGACAAGGAUGAUGAGAUCAACCAGCAAUCCCAGGAAGUGGAGAAACUGAAGCAGCAGCUGCUGGACCAGGAGGAGCUGUUGGAGUCGUCCCGCAACGACCACGACACCCUGCAGACGGAGCUGAACAGGCUGCUGUCCGAGAACGAGGCCUCCAAGGACGAGGUGAAGGAGGUGCUGCAGGCGCUGGAGGAGCUGGCCCUCAACUACGACCAGAAGAGUCAGGAGGUGGAGAUUAAAACGAGGGAGUUUGAGGCGCUCAGCGAGGAGCUGAACCAGAAGUCUAGCAGCUUGGCCUCCAUUGACUCUGAGCUGCAGAAGCUGAAGGAGAUGAGCAACCACCAGAAGAAGAGGGUCACUGAGAUGAUGUCAUCGUUACUAAAGGACCUGGCUGAGAUCGGCAUUGCUGUGGGAAGCAAUGACAUGAAGCAACAGGAGAGCAGCGGCCUGAUUGAUGAGGAGUUCACUGUGGCCCGGCUCUACAUCAGCAAGAUGAAGGCGGAGGUGAAGUCCAUGGUGAAGCGCAACAAACAGCUGGAGAGCAGCCAGACCGAGAGCAGCCAGAAGCUGGAGGAGACGGAGCGAGAUCUGACAGCCUGCCAGCUCCGCAUCUCCCAGCAUGAGGCUAAGAUCAAGUCCCUGACAGACAGCCUCCAGAACGUGGAACACAAGAAAAGACAGCUGGAAGAGAAUGUGGACCUUCUGAAUGAAGAGAUAGUCAGGAUCACAACAGAGGAGAGAGUUAAUUCCAUGGAAAAGGAUAAUGAGAUCCAGUCUGCUAAUGAAGUCAAGGAGGCUGUGGAGAAGCAGAUCCAGUCCCACAGAGAGGCCCAUCAGAAGCAGAUCAGCAGCUUGAGAGAUGAGCUGGACCAAAAGGAGAAGCUGAUCACGGAGCUGCAGGAUUCUAACCAGGAGAUCGUGCUGGAGCAGGAGAGGCUGAAAGUGGAGCAUGAGAAGCUCAAAGCGACCGAACAGGAGAAGAGCCGCCAGCUACAGGAGCUCACGUUGCUGCAGGACAAACGGGAACAGGCCAGGCAGGACCUGAAAGGACUGGAGGAGACUGUGGCUCGGGAGCUGCAGACGCUUCACAGUUUGCGGAGACUUUUUGUGCAAGAUUUAUCCAGAAGAGUAAGAAAGAAUGGGCAAGACUUGGAUGAUUCAGAAGCCAGCGUCGCUCAGAAACAAAAGAUCAGCUUCCUGGAGAGCAACCUUGAACAUCUCACAAAGGUUCACAAGCAGCUGCUGAGAGACAACGCCAGCCUUCGCUGUGAGAUCCCCAAAAUGGAGAAGCGCCUUCGUGCCACGGCGACGCGGGUCCAGGCGCUCGAGGCUGCCCUAAAGGAAGCCAAGGAAGGGGCGGCCCGUGAAAAGAAGCGCUACGAGGAAGAGCUGGAGCGCAUCAAGGACACUGUUAAACCCAAAAACAUGGGCAGGAGAGCCUCUGCAGUGAUAGCAGAGAGGCGGGGGAUUGCGAACCGAGAGGCUGACUGGAGCUGUGCUGCGGGCUCCACCGGACUAGAAGCCGCUCUAACGGGUCUGGUGAUCCUCCUUCCAGCGGCGGACGCGGAGCCCACAGGGCCGGACCUACAGCAGCCGUUCCUGGGUGAGUGCAGCUGGGUUUUCCGUGACGUUCUGGCCCCG